AUGGCAAGCCAUCCCAACCCCACCGGUCCCAAAGACCCACUCUCCAGAGCAGCAUGGAGACUUCGAAAAACUGCUGCAAAGUCCCUACGCACCAACCUCGGACUCCACAUCGAUCCACGCAGAAUAACCUACACCGAAAAGGCAUCUUCCAUCCACGGCUACAAAUGGGUCCUCAACACCAAAAACCUUACCCCAGGGUCCGUGGAAUUCAAAAGAAUGAAACGGAUGGCUGUUAGUUGGGAUGUGUAUCCGAAUAAUUGGAAUAGGAUGGAUAGGUUGAGAAUCGCUCAGAUGAUUGAGAUGGGUUGGUUGAAGCCUGUGUCUUUGGGGAAGAAUAGGAGGAUGACGACGCAGAAGGUGAUUGAUGUGGUUGACCAGGAUGAAUGGGAGGAAGAGGAUGAUGGGCUUGAAGAUGAUGGGGUUGCGGGGAGUUUGAGUAACUGCGACGAUAAUGCGGAUCUUGGAAUAGAGCAAUGCUGUGAACGGGAACAGCUUGAAAAUAUCGAUCAUGACCCGAAAGUCGAGUCUGCUUCCCCCCCUGUUGCAAUAGGGUCGUCAAGAGCUUCCCAUCGCAUCGUUAAAGUGGGUGAGAAGCUGUUGAUUUCAGGAAAUACAUCUCAAUAUGAACCUAACAGCGAUAAUUCCGAGGAGAACCCUCUCAUCAAAGCCUCUCGUUCUCUAGACAUAAAUUCGAAGGUUAGGUCCUACCUCGCACUCACAGCCGAGUUAGUACGGGACAUGGACGCCCUUCGCAACCAACCCGUCAGUGCUAAUGAGAGUGAGCUGCCUACACGGGGAGAAAAGGAAAUCGCAACGGAAUUCGUUCGAGACGAAUUAAAGGCUUUUCGGACUAGUCGACUAGAACUUGAUCAGAAAAUAAAUUCUUUGGAGAAAAAACUCGAACACCUUACACGAGAGGUGAAGGAGGUGUCACCUAGAAUUCAAGCUCAGAAUGCGGCGUUUCGGUCAAAUUCACGGGGGCUCUCUCGUGGGAAUAAUAGUAUGCGGGGAAGACCUGCUUCAACUGUGGGACGGCAAUUUCCAUCUGAAGAUUCUAAGUCGAUCUUGUAA